AUGGGGUCUGGUUGCUGCAAACCCCCAACAAAAUGUGGUUUCACGUUCGUCAACCCUACUUACUGGAUAAGUCCAAUAGAUAUGUCUGCAGAUAUGGAUUGUCUACAAUGGAGUAACGAUCAAAACACUUUGUGUUACAGUUGUGAUUCAUGCAAAGCCGGUUUACUCGCGAAUCUCAAGGUGGAUUGGUUAAAAGCGGAUAUCUUUCUCCUUUUGGCGCUAAUCGGGUUGAUAAUCGUUUAUAUAAUCGGCUGCUGCGCUUUUCGAAACGCGAAAACUGAGGAUAUUUUCAGAAAGUAUAAGCAGGGUUAUACAUGA